GGCUCAUUCUCUCUAUUGGACAGCGGAAUAGGAGAGAAAAUAUUGAGUGGGUUACAGCAACUCCCUAGAGCUUUCACAGCUCACCAUGGGCAAUGAGAAGCUGCUGCUCCUUCUUUUGCUCGCCAGCGCCUUAGCUCAGGAAGAUGGGUCAGACUCUCAGGAUUCAACAUGUUCAAAAGCUGCUUUGAAAUUCAAACAUCUAAGGAAAUAUGUAUACAACUAUGAAGCUGCAACCACGAGUGGAGUGUCUGGUACAGCAGACUCCCAAAGUGGAACCAAAUUCAACUGCAAGGUUGAAUUGGAGGUUCCUCAGUCAUGCAACUUCAUCCUUCGGGUCAAGCAAUGCACCCUGCGAGAGGUGUACGGGGUCAGUUCGGAGGGCAAAGCUCUUCUGAAGAAGUCAAAGAACUCUGAGGACUUCUCCAAUGCUAUGACCAAGUAUGAGGUUAAGGUCACCGUGCAAGACGGGAAGAAUGUUGUUCUGUAUCCAGACAAAGAUGAACCUCUCAAUGUGUUGAACAUGAAGAGGGGAAUUCUUUCUGCUCUUCUUGUUGAUGAAACCCAGGAAACAGAUUAUAUGGAUACCGUGUAUGGAAAAUGUACCAGCGAGAUUAAAGUCACAGGCCGAAAGGGUAACACGCCGACAGAUGUUACGGUCAAGAGGAAUCUGAAGACCUGUGACAGGUUUACACCAAUCAGAGAUUAUGUCAACCCCCUAGCAAUCAUUAAAGGCAUGAAUCGUCCAUUGUCUACACUGAUCAGCAGCAGUCAGGUUUGUCAGUACAGCCUGGAUCCCAAGAGGAGGCAUAUUACUGAGGCAUCGUGUGCUGAGACUCACCUCUUCCUGCCCUUCUCAUACAGAGACCAGUAUGGCAUAAAUGGAAAAGUCACUCAGACUCUGAAGCUGGAAGAUGUAGCCAAGACCAACAGCAGAGAUUUUGACCCAGACACCAGUCUGGCACGAGGCUUUGCCUUGGAGGCUACAAAAACAGUGUCCAAAAAUGAAGAUGCUGCAUUGGAAAACCUACAGGAAUUACAGAAACUAUCCACGUCAGAACAGAACCAGCAGAGAGCCAGUCGCUUUUACAAGCUUGUGACAGCCUUAAGGGGUCUGAAUAACGACUCACUAGGACCCCUUGUGCCCAGGCUAAUGCAGCUAUCCAGCCCUAUUGCUCUGCAAGCAUUGACUCAGUGUGGGACCCCUGAAUGCUUCGGUGGAAUCCUUCAGGUGCUCAGAAGUGGAGACAUAUCCCCAGUCAUAAGUGACACUGUAACCUUCGGUUUGGGCCUUUUACCUUCUCCAUGUACAAAACGUGUAAGGGAACUUCUCAACAUGGCCCAGUAUCAGUCAAGCAGAGCUUCGUUCUAUGCAUUAAGCCAUGCAGUCAGCAAGUUCUAUGAAGAGCAACAAACAGUGACAGAUGAAUUGAGGGAUGUUGCCGAUUUUAUGCUCUCACUCAUCGGCAAUGAAUGCACAGGAAAUGAAGACAAAACAUUCCAAACCCUCAAGGCCAUCGGCAUCAUGGGUAGUGCUAUGGAAGCUACAAAUCCAGAAAUCAAGUCUUCUCUGCUGAAAUGUGCCAGGGGCCAGGCCUCAUCUCCCGACAUUCAGAAAGCUGCUAUUCAAGCGUUCCGCAGAAUGACCAUGACAGAUGAUGUUCGAGGAGUACUUGUCCAGGUCUUCCAAGACAGUAAUGCCCCCGAGCAAAAGAGACUGGCAGCCUAUCUCAUGCUGAUGAAGAACCCUUCUCAAUCAGACCUCCGCAAGGUUGUCAAAGUGCUGCUUAGGGAUGAUAACAAACAAGUGAAAAACUUUGUGUCCUCUCAUAUCCGUAACAUUCUGCAAAUGGAUGCUCCAGAAGCUGAAGGACUUAAAACUAAACUUCAGGAGGCUCUUAAAUCAUCUCAGCCAUUAAAUGUUGAUACAGACUUUACAAAGCUCUCACAGAACUACCAUUUCUCCCGAGAUGUUACUAUUCCCGGCCUUUAUGAUGCAGCAGGAGCUGAUAUGGUUGCCAAUAUCAUUUUUGAUUCUGAAGGCUACAUGCCUAAAGAAGCAAUGCUGGAGGCUACACUAAAUGUGUUCGGAAAGUCUGUGGAUAUGUUUGAGAUUGGAGUAGAAGGAAAAGGCUUUGAGCCCACUCUAGAUUCUCUCUUUGGAAAUGGGGGAUUCUUUCCUGAUUGCACUUUAAAAGCACUGUACUGGGCUGAUGGAAAGCUUCCAGACAAGGUCACUGAGAUUUUGUUCAAGUGGUACGGCGUUCCCAGGCAGAGCGGGCAGAAUCAGGACUUGACUAAAGCAAUUUUAUACAAUGUUGAGAAACUGAUAAAGGAAGUGAGAUCCAACUAUGCCCCUGAAGCAAAAUUAUACCUUGAAAUCCUUGGGAAAGAACUGGGCUACUUGCAACUGAACGACUUCAGAACUCUUGGAUCCAUGCUGUUAAGGACUUUACAUACUACUCAAGAGCUGCCGGCUCAGAUCAUGAAGGCCAUAUCCAAGGGAGCUGAGACUGAUCUCUUCCUUCAUUACAUCUUUAUGGACAAUGAGUUUGACUUGCCUACAGGAUCUGGCCUCCAGCUUCAAGUCUCAUUUUCCGGUGUAAUUGCCCCUGGGACACGGGCUGGUAUGAAGUUCGGAGGGAGAAAUAUAAGAGCAGAACUCUCUAUGAAACCAGCGGUUGCUGUGGAAUUUGUCACUCAAAUGGGAAUUCAGAUUCCGGAGUUUUCUAGACACGCAGUACUGAUGAAUACUAAUCUCUAUCAUGAAUCUGGAUUUGAAGGACGAUUUUCCAUGAAAGAAGGGCAACUUAAAUUUUCCAUCCCAGCACCAAAGACACCAACCAAGCUGUUCAGCAUCAGAAAUCAGCUUAACUUGGUCUUCGCAUCAAAGACAGAGAUCAUGGCUUCUAUACUUCAAAACCGAGUGGCACAGGCAUCUUGCAGGCCUUUGUUUAAAGGAAUAAAUUCCUGCACGAAUCUGGAAUACUCCAAUGCAAGUGGCAAGGAAGGCGCUCCUUACUUCCCUCUGACUGGAGAGGCAAGAUUUGACCUGGAGAUUCAGCCAACUGGAGAAGUGGAAGAGUACUCUGUAAUAGCAAGCUACAAUCUGAAUAGGGAAGAUGAAGACAUGGUUGAUACGUUCAUAUUGUCUGCUCAAGCUGAAGGAUCAGGUCCAUCUGAUGCUAAACUGAUCACAAAGUACAACCGCAAUAAGGUGAUCUUGACAAGCGACGUACAAGUUCCAAAUUAUGAUGUGAACUUCGGUGCCAUUAUGAAACUAAAUGAUGAAUCCACUGAGUCAAAGAAGUCAUAUGCUGUUAUGCUUGAUGUCCACAACCAGCAAGUUCCAGAAGUUACCCUUACUGGAAAGAUAAGCUAUGAUGGAAUGCGUGAUGCUCAAAUGGAAGGCAUGCUAUCUAUCCCACGCCUGAAAGUGCAAUUAACAUCUCAAGCUUCUCUACAAGACUUUGUACAGUCCCUCAGAAUUCAGAUGCAGUCUUCUGCUCAGAUCUGCUCCUUGUCUGGAUCUGGAAGUGUAGCCUUUACAUAUGAUAAUGAAAAGAUUGACCUAGAAUGGAGCACGGAGACUAACACAAAUGUAAAGAAGAUUAUAUCUCAGCUUCCUGAUGUUGAGUUCUCAGAUGUCUAUAAUUAUCCAGAGAUGAUGAAGAACUAUGCCAACGAGGCUCUGGAUUUCAAGGUUGCCCAGACUGACAUGACAAUGAGGCACAUUGCUUCACAGUCACUGGUGGCUGCAAAUAACUGGCUGAAGAAGACAUCAAAAGAUAUCCCCUUUGCAAAUACCCUCCAUAAUAAACUGACUGCGCUGAAGGAACUGGACUUUCCAGAAUUGGGUUUUCCACCUCUUCCAGAGAUACUCUUCCUGAACAGCAAUGGAAGAAUCAGAGGCAUGUUUAGCAAGGACAGUAUAGACAUCACUAUUCCAUUACCCUAUGGAGGAAGGACAACUAAACAACUGAUGAGCAUGAGAUCCCCUCCAGUUGAUAUGCCAUCCAUUGGACUGAAGUUUCCCUCCAAGGAGUUCCGGAUUCCUUCCUUCACCAUCCCAGAGUCCUACCAACUGAAAGUUCCAUUGUUUGGAAGUAUUGACCUUUCAUCAAAUGUAAAAAGCAAUUACUACAACUGGUCUGCAUCCUACAGCGCCGGGAACACUCCAAGUGAUUUCCCUUCAUACAAGGCUGACUAUGAGAUGAAAGCCAAUGCCAUUUGGGAUAUUUUGUCAUAUAAAAUUGAUGGUGCUGCCGCUUUUUCAUACAAUCCAGAUAAAUUCGUACUAAUGUCAUAUACCGGAUCGGUCCUUCAUAACCUUCUUGAGGCAAAUAUAAAUCUGAAAGAAACAUAUAACUUCCAAAGUAAUCCAAUAGUGAAAGAAACCAUCAUGUUUGACGUCAAAAGCAUACUGGGGGUUGAAGGCUCUUUCACUUCAGAGGCUGAAACAGCAUCGACCAAUAACCUUGUGACAUGUGAUUAUAACAUUAACGGGCAGUUUAAAUUGGCAUCAUUGCUAACGACAAGCGAUUACACACUGAGGGUUACUUUUAACACAGACAACUUGCAAUUAAAUACAGAAUCAAGUUUUAAUGUGGACUUAUCUAUUAUUAAGUUAACAAAUAAAAUGUCUGCAAUGAUCCUUAGCGAAAGAGUAACAAUAACUUCAACCACCGAUGUUCAAGAUGGAGCCCUAACAAAUACUAUGACCCUAGAUUACCGAAACAGACAACUCACAUAUAAGUCAGAUACAAAUGGCAAUUAUUACAACUUGAUUGGCCUGAAUAAGUUUGAAGUUACUCUGUCAAGGCAAAUGGCGGCAAUUCGUUCUGAAUACCAAGCAGACUAUAAGAGAAACAGAUUUUACACCCUACUUUCUGGAUCUUUGAAUUCCCAAGGCCUUGAAUUAAAUGCCGACGUCAGUCUUAACAGUCAAGUUAACCGGGCUGCCCACAAAGCUACUCUCAAGAUCUCCCAAGAAGGGUUAUCCACCAGUGCUACAACUAAUGUUAACUUUAGUCCUUUGACCUUGGAGAAUGACUUGAAUGCCGCUAUUGGAUUAACAGGAGGAAUGAUGAAAAUGACAGCCAAUGGCCGAUACAAAGAACAUAACGCCAAGUUUACUGUCGAUGGGAAAGCAGCUCUAACAGAACUGUCCUUCGGUAGUGUCUAUCAAGCCACUGUUUUUGGCGUAGGCAGUAAAAAUGUCCUGAGCUUUAAAAUCAGCAAAGAAGGACUGAAGUUCUCCAAUAAUAUGAUGGGAUCCUAUGACCAAAUGAAACUAGAAAACAGCAACGACCUGGUCAUUAGUGGAUCAUUAGCACACUUUAAUUCCAAACUUGAAAACGCUCUCAGCACUGACAAAUCUUACAAGCAUGAAUUUGACCUACAGCUGCAGCCAUACACCAUGACAGCUAUGUUGAACAAUGAAUUCCUAUAUGGUGCACUUCAGUUAAGUAACAUGGGGCAAAUGGAGCUUGCGGUGUUCAGUAUCAAAGUGAAUGGAAAUAUGAGAGGGGCUUUUGACAAAGACAACGUAAAACAUUCCUAUGCCUUCUCCUUCAGUGACCUGACAGCAAACGUAAAAACAGACACAGUUGCGAAUAUCCAAGGCACAGCCCACAGUCAUAAUGUAAAUAUGGAGAUUGCCGGCCUUUCUGCAUCAUUCAGCAGCAGUACGAACUCUGAAACCAAAUCAACGCGUUUUACUAAUGCGAUUCGUUCCGUGGUGGCUCCAUUUACCGUGACUGUUGACUCUCAUACUAAUGCAGAUGGUAGGUUAAGCAUUUUCGGAGAUCAUUCCGGAGAGCUCUAUAGCAAAUUCAUCUUGAAAGCAGAGCCUCUUUCCUUUAACUUAGUCCAUGAUUUCAGAGGGUCCACAAGUCAUACACUUAAUUCACGAAAUAGACAUACUACAUUACUAGAUUACAAGGUGAAUGCCCUGGUUACUCCUUCGGAGCAAGCAAGUUCAUGGAAAUUGAAAAGUCAGCUAAACCAGAAUACACACAAUCAGGAUUUCAGCCUUUAUAACAACGCUGAAAAAAUAGGCAUUGAACUGAGCGGACAGACUCUAGCAGACCUCUCUAUACUGGACGGACAUAUCCGAACACCAUUUGGCGUAUUUAAUCCAAUAGAUGCUUUAAGUCUCAGAGACAGCGUGACUACUCCCCAGGAAUUUAGUAUUUCUGGAUUUGUAAAGUACGACAAAAACAAAGAUGUGCACGUAAUUAAUUUGCCCUUUAUCGAAAACAUUGGAUCUCUAUUUGAAAAGGUAAGGAGUAUCUUGCUGACAUCCCUGCAAGCUCUGCAGAACUCACUGAAAAGCAUUAACAUUGACCAGUAUGUAAAGAAAUACAAAAUGACCCUUAACAAAAUCCCAGAACAAAUGAACGAUUAUAUCAAUAAUUUGGAUUUGGAAAGAAGGAUUAAUGAGCUAAAAGAACAACUGAUUGCAUUAACAAAAGACGUUAAACUUUCUUCAGAGGAGCUUUACAAAGCAAUAUCGAGCACUUUACAAACAGCUCGGGAGAACCUGAUGUCUUACCUUUCUGGAAUCCAACAAUACAUUCAAGAAAAUUAUGACCUGGAACGACUGACCAAAGCCAUUGAGACACUUCUGCAGCAAUUUAUUGAGAAUGUCAAGUCGUUGGAGAAGCAGUAUAACAUUCGUGAAAAAGCUAUUGAUAUGGUCAAAGGCCUUCAAAAUCAAGUGGAAAAGAUCAAUAUCAAUGAGUUAGGAGAAAGCUUAGCAGCUUGGAUUAAAAAUGUUGAUGAUUUAUACCAAAUCCAAGCUAAUCUUCGGCAGAUUCUACAAAAGAUACAGUCUUUGAUUCAAAGCAUUAAUAUUGAACAAAUUGCCAUUAAUGUUAGAGAAUACUUUCAAAGUAUUGACUUUUCAGAAUACAGACAGAGGUUGAUGAGGGCACUGCCAAUCAAUGAGAUUAAUACAGCAGCUGAAUACAUCCAAGAUUAUAUUGUCAUUCUUCUCAUGGAAUAUGAGGUAACAGAGAAAUUCAAUGCUGUGGUGGACAAGCUGCAGGAUGUGGUUUCAGAAUAUGAGAUUGAUAAGAAAGUUCAAACUCUGCUGGAAAACUUUAUUCAGCUUCUCAACCAACAAAAAGUGAAAGAGACAAUUAAGAAAGUAACAGACAUGCUCACCAAUAUUGAUAUCAAAAUGUAUUACAGAAGACUAAUGGCUUUUAUUCAAGACUCUGUCAAAAAGGUGAAAGAAUAUGACUUCAAAAAGCUGGUUGAUGACAUCAAUGAGUUUCUUAAUGUAUGUGUAAUGAAGCUGAAAUCAUUCAAUUAUGAAAAGUUUGUGGAUGAUGUCAAUAACUGGAUACAAGAGGUGAGACAGACAAUUAAUGAUAACAUGAAAGCUCUAGAGUUGCCACAAAAAGCACAGGCCCUGAAACAGUAUAUGAAUGAUGUAAGCGUGAUGGCCACAGAAUAUGUUCAGCAAGUGAGAGACACCAGACUUUCUGCUGUGAUGCAGUGGUAUGAAGAUAUCAUGAGCUCCGCUAUCCUAAACGAGCUAAGAACUAGAAUACUCCAAUACCUUGAAGAUGUUAGAGACACAAUAAACUCUAUGAAUAUAAAGCAGGAGAUUCAAAUAUAUUUGCAAAAACUUAGCCAAGCUUACCAACGAAUUGUGACAUAUGUGACAAAUGAGUGGAAGAAUAUGUCUGAGAAGAUUGAGAUGUUUGCUAAAGAACACAGUAUUGAAGAGUGGGCAGAAAGAUUCAAGCUGUUCAUCGAAGAAGGGUUUCCAGUGCCAGAAAUGAAUCUCGGGCUAAUGACCAUCCCUCCAUUUGAAGUUAGCCUCCGUGCUCUCAAAGACGCCACUUUCAAGACUCCAUCCUUUACUAUUCUGUUAACUGAUUUGCAAGUGCCAUCAGUGGAAAUUAAUUUGAAGAAAUUAAAAGAGAUUGAAAUUCCAUCAAGAUUUGUCAUCCCGGAGUUCACCAUUCUAAGUAGCAUCAAAGUACCUUCAUAUGUGAUUGAUCUCCAUGAACUGAAACUCAGGAUUGUGAGAAUAAUUGAUCAAGUACUUCACAGUGAUUUUCAAUGGCCAUCCCCAGAGACAUAUCUGAAAGAUCUGAAGAUGAGUGACAUGGGAUUUCCUGCCAUUACUUUCCCUGAAAUGAACAUGCCCAGUAUGCAGAUACCAGAAAUCAAAAUCCCCAAACUAAAUCUGAACAACUUCCAGUUUGCUGAUAUUCAAAUCCCUGAAUUCCGACUCCCGCAAAUUCCACACUCUGUUUCCGUCCCAACAUUUGGCAAACUCUCCAGCUCUUUUAUAGUAAAAUCUCCGUUCUUGACACUUUCAACUGCGGCGGAAAUGAAAAAUGGCACCGUUUCUGAAAAGAACCCAGAAUUCAUCGCUUCUCUCUCAGCCACAUCAACAUCAAUGAUUGAAGCUUUGGCCUUCAACCUAGUGGCCGAUGCUCGUAUUUCAGCCCCAAUGUUGGAGCAGCUCAUUCUAAAGGAAACAGUGGCGGCAUCGAACAAGUAUUUUAAACUUGAUCACAACAGUGAAGCAACAUUUGCUGGAAGUUAUAUUCAGACAAAGGUACAGACAGUUGCUAGUUUGAAAACGGAGAAGAAUGAAGCUUCCUUGGACAAUGCCAUUCUCGUUAGGCUACAAGGCAGGAUUACAGCAGAAAGCAACACUAAGUAUUCUCAUAAACUCAACAUUCCUGAGUUUGAUAUCUCAAGUCAGCUUGAGCUUCAAAAUGAUGUUGAGUCAUUUUUGGAGGCAGGCAGAAUCCUACUCAUCUCUUCUGGCAAAGGCAACUGGAAAUGGGCCUGUCCCUUGAUUUCAGAUGAAGGUACCCAUCAAUCCAAUCUCAAAUUCAACAUAAUGGGAUCUCUUGUAGAGUUGUCCGGCAGUAAUAAGAUAACUGAUAAGUACCUGAAGCUCGACCAAGCUUUUAAAUAUGAUUCAGCCUUAUUAAGUUAUGUAAAUGUUGAUAUAACUUCAAAAGCCGAAUCCCCUUAUGUUGGAAACAGUAUUAUAUCUGUUAAAGGAAGUGGCCAGCUUAGUGACAUGACAUUAGGACUGACAGCAACUCAUAAUGCAGAACUUUCCGGACGCGCAACUGGAACAAUUCAAAAUGCUCUCACAUUUGCGGCAAAGCCAUUUGAUAUAAACCUGUCUACUACAAACAAUGGAAAUCUGAAAGUUGGCUUUCCUUUAAAACUCACUGGCAAAAUUGAGUUCCUGAACAACUACAACUUUAUACUCAAUACAAAUGUUCAGCAAAUAUCUUGGCAAGUCAAUGGCAGAUUCAAUCAAUAUAAAGUUUCACAUACGAUUUCCGUUGGCAAUAAUGAAGACUCUGUUGUGGCCAUUGUAGGAAUGAAUGGUGAAGCAAACCUUGAUUUUCUGACCAUUCCAAUAAGCAUCCCUGAAAUGAAUGUUCCAUAUACGUCAAUGAAAACACCUGAAGUAAAAGACUUUUCUCUGUGGGAACAAGCUGGUUUAAAGAAACUUUUAACAACUACCAAGCAGAAUGUUGACUUGAAUGUGAAACUUCAGUACAAGAAGAAUAUGGACGUGCAUUCCAUUCAGUUGCCUCUAGAUUCCUUAUAUGACUCCAUAAAUUCCAACAUGAAAGUUCUUACAAAGAACUUUGAGAAGGGAAGGGACAACACACUCAGAAUGCUCACGGACUCCUACAAUGAAGCAAAAGCUAAGUUUGACAAGUACAAGGUGGAAAAUUCAGCUGGUAAAGCACCAAGAACCAUAAGAGUACCUGGGUACACCAUACCACUCCUCAACAUUGAAGUUUCCCCUUUUAGUGCAGAACUUCCGGCAUUUGGCUAUGUCAUUCCAAAGGAAAUCAGCACACCAAGCUUUAGCUUGCCUGUGAUGGGAUUCUCCAUACCAACCUACACAGUAGUUUUGCCAUCAUUGGAACUCCCUGUCCUUCAUGUACCAAAUACUCUGCGCAAACUUACACUCCCCAAAUUGAAACUGCCAAGCGGGCCACACACCAUUUCUAUUCCAGCAAUGGGAAAUCUAACUUAUGAUUUUUCAUUUAAAUCCAAUGUCAUUUCAUUAACAACAAGUGCUGGACUGUAUAACCAAUCUGACCUUUCUGCUCGCAUCAGUGUAGCCUCAACCUCCAUCAUUAACGCUCUGCAGUUUACCAUAGAUGGAACAACAGGUUUGACACGUAAAAGGGGGCUAAAAUUAGCCACUGCUCUUGCUGUAAAACAUGUAUUUGUUGACGGAAAACAUGAAAGCUCAAUGUCACUGGGAAAAAGAAACAUCGAAGCAUCUGUAGUAACAAAUGCAAAAGUGAGCCUACCCAUAAUACAACUUACAUUCAAACAGGAGCUGAAUGGAAAUACAAAAACGAAACCCAAUCUUUCAUCAAAAAUGAGCUUGAGUUAUUCCGAAAAUGAUGCAAUAAUGGUGAGCAAAGGAAUGAUUGAUCACACUUUGACUAUAGAGGGUCUAACAUCUUAUUUUUCCAUGGAGACAAAAACCAAUGGAGAUAUAACCGGUACCCUUUUAGGCCAACAAGGCUUUUCUGGAAAGUUCACCAAUGAAGCCAACACAUACCUUAAUUCCAAUGGUCUUAGAUCAUCUAUGAAAUUAGUAGGCAGCUCUAAAGCAGAUAGUGUAGGAAACCUAGAUGUAGCAGAAAACCUUGCAGUAGAAGCAACAACAAGCCGAAUUUAUGCAGUGUGGGAGCACAAUGGGGAGAAUUAUCUAAGAGUGACACCACUUUUCACAACCAAGGGAUUGCAAAACUGCAAAGCUACAUUCGAACUAGCUCUUUGGAGUUUGCUGGCAAAUCUCCAAGUCAAGAUCGAACAACCUAAUUCAAUGCUUGAAAAUUUAGCAUUAAACCAGGAAAUUUUACUAAGUGCUAAUGAGGAAAAACAGGAGAUCGGUCUUAACGGGGACGGAACUUUUCACACCAUUAUUUUAGCUCAUAAUGUGAAGCUGUCCAAUGACAAGACAGAUGCAAGAUUUCAGAUUGAUGGGUCGCUGCAAGGGCAUGCCAGUAUGCUAAAAUAUGUUAUCUUGCCAGUAUAUGAAAAAAGCCUUUGGGAGAUCUUGAAGUUUGAUGUUACAACAAGUGAAGAUAAACAGCAAUACUUAAAUGUAUCAACAUCAGUGACUUACACCAAAAACAAAGAAGGGUUUUGGUUCCCGAUCCCAAUCAAUAAGGUGGCAGAUGGAUUCGUUAUUAAAUUCCCUGCUGUAACACUGAAACCACCGCAAUGGAUGAAAGACCUUCCAAACACAAUGCGCGAUAUGGAACUCCCAGAAGUGCCAUCUGUUCUCGAAAUCCCAUCUUUUAAGGUUCCGUUCACAAAUCUGAAUGUUCCAUCCACUAAACUGGACCUGAACAACAUAAAGAUAAGUGAAAUCAAGAGCACUUUGCCAUUUGACAUCAACUUACCUUCACUGCCACAGAUUAAGUUUCCCAAAGUUGACAUUACUACCAAGUACAUUACAGUGGAAGAGUACAAGAUACCUUUCUUUGAAGUCACUAUCCCACAACAUCAGAUUACACUGGCCAGGUACACACUGCCCAAAAGCUUUUACAACAUAGACUUUAACAGCUUGGUCAAUAAAAUAGCAGAUAUUGAUUUGCCAACGAUAGAAAUACCAGAACAGAACAUUGAGAUCCCACCAAUCAAAAUGAACUUGCCCGCUGGCAUUUUCAUCCCAGCUUUUGGAGCUUUGGCUGGAACUGCACAGCUUUCUUCACCAAUCUACAAUCUGACAUGGACAAACAAAAUGGCCAACAAUGCAGAUGGUUUUGUGGCUUCAAUCGAUGCAUCUAGCAGUUCUACACUACGUUUUCUGGAAUAUGAUCUUGAUGCAUCAGCAAGCACAGCACCAACAAAUGGACUUGUUCUACAGGGGACAUUUGCACAUACUGAUCUAAGCAUAAACUGGAAGGACGAUAUCAACUUUAAUGGUUUAAGGAUUCCUGGACAUAACAUUGAUAUAGACAUCAAAAGUCCAACCUUUACAGAUGUCCAAAUACGUAGUCAACAGGAAAAUAACAAAAUAACUUCAUCCGUGUCAUCUUCAUCUGCCGGCACUCUGGGGCUUGUACUUGAGAAGGAAUCCUCAGCCCUGAAAGGGAAACUCUUUAGUCGGUCCUUGUCAACACCAGGAAAAGACACAUUAAUAAUGAAAGGUGAGGUGUCCCUUAAAAAUCCUGAACGCAUUCAGUACAAAAUCAACUGGAGAGAAGAAGCAGCUAUGGAUGUACUUAAUGGUUUGAAAGAAAGGUUACCAAAGAUUUCCAACUCCAUCCAUAAUUGUGUCAAUAAAUACCACAAGGAGCAUUUUGGAAUGGAAAUCAGUGAAGCAGGUCUAAAGAUGAAGGAAAAUCUCCAGGAUAAAAUUGCAUCAACCUACAGAUCUACUGCCAAUGAGAUCAACAACAUAGAAUAUCAGUUGCAGUCAACAGCCAGAGGAGCCAGUGACAAAUAUAAUGAAAUCGUCAACAGUGCCCAAAAAUGGUAUCAAGAUCCAAAGGAUAUGUCAAUGUUCUUGAAUGAUGGUGAAUAUAAAGACAAAGCCAUUGAAUUAGUACGCGCCUACCAAAAUAAGAUGAAAGACUUGAUUGAUGCAGCUAUUAAAUUUGUGAAAAACACAAGAUUCCAGUUGCCAGGACAAAGCAGAAAGUAUACAGGUGAAGAGCUAUUUAACCUUGGUAUGAAAAAUGUAGCGAGCAACAUUGAUGCGUUUUUUAAAGCCAUGCAACAAAUUUAUGAUGCAUGUGUUCAGUAUAUUAACCGCACUGAGCUUAAAAUUCCCGGUACUGAAGUAACAAUCAAGGGCAAAGAAAUUACAGAUGCAUGCAAAAGCUUUAGCGCUAAUCUGGAACGAAUGACCAAAAAGGCCAUACAGGACCUUCAAGGCGUAAGUCUAGAAAGUGCACUCAAUCAGCUUAAAAGUUUUAUACAGGUGAUCACUCAGAAAACAGUGGAUAUGAUCAAGGCUUUGCAAACUAAGAAUAUCGAAGAUGUCAAACUUCAGUUUCAGCAAAUGUAUAGCGAUGCCAUGAAGUCCGAUUACGCGAGAGAACUUCAGAACUUAGUAGAAGAGUUGAAGAAAGCUACAAGCCAGCUCCAAAAGUAUGCCCAGACCGGACAUGAAGAACUUUCAGAAAAGUUGAAGCAGCUGCAAGUCUAUGCCAAGGCACUGCGUGAAGAAUAUCUAGAUCCAAAUAUUGUGGGCUGGUCAGUGAAGUAUUAUGAGAUAGAAGAAAAGGUCAUUCAACUGCUGCAGAAAAUCGUUGAUUCACUAAAGGAUCUGUCAUCCCAAUAUGGAAUUAACACUGCAGAAAUUACAGAACAAACAAAGGACUUUGUUAAAAAAUAUUACCAACAUGCUAACGAUUUGCUGACCAAUGCUAAUGGACAAGGCAAAGAACUCAUAAGGAGGGCUUCAAUAGAUCUUGAAGAUAGAGUAACUAAGUGGUCUGCAACUGCCAGGCAACUUUCACAAAAUGCCAAUAAGAUUCUUAAUGAAAAACUUCAAGCUACAUCUAACCUGUUUGUAAAUUCAUACGAGAAGCUUAUUGCCGAGGCAAGCCGACUCAUUGACAUUAUCAUCCAAAACUACAACUCUUUCAUAGAGUAUGUCAACCAGCUUCUCCAAAGCAUUCAGAAUUCGGCCACUGAAGAAAUGAAGACCUAUAUAUCCACACGUAAAGGAGAACUUAAGGUUGAAGUCCCUCAUCCCUUUGACUGGAAAUCCUUCGAUGAAAUCCCGCAUUUAAGAGAGGACAUUAUAAGCAAACGAGCAGAAAUUGCGCGCGCCAUGGUACUGGAUGGCAUCGACAAAGGUUCUCAGAAAUGGGAAGAGCUGCAGCAGUUUAUCGAGAGACAACUUCAAGAAGGGAAACUAACUGCAGAGCAGAUCAUUGAGAACAUUCGGAACUGGCAAAAAAACUGAGCAGGCUGUAUAUUAUGGCAUAGCUGAAACGUAGGCUUUUGUGUUGUUUGCAAGUACAGUAGCAACAACCGGUUUACACGUCCCUCAAAUGUGUGUUUUUGUGUGAACAAUUCAAAAAUUUGUUUUCGUUAUUGUAAGCUAAUAAAAAGAUUGUUUCUUAUAGGAUGGCAUUAUUUUUAACUAUUAUCAUUUCAUUGUUUGCAUUAUGCAAAAUCAUCAUUAAAAUGAGGUUGCAUCAUUAAAAUCA